AGUAUUUAUUCUCCACAUUCAUCUGAAGGAUUCGGUUCUUCCGUUUUAUUUUAAUUGGAUAUUUAAUUCUAAAUUAAAUCAACGCAACGCUACCAAGGGCAGGCUACAGCGAAUGUCGCUUGAAGAUUAUUUUAAUAUUUUUUAGUGUCGUGUUUUUUUUUUUUUGCACGGCGAUUCAAGAUUCUGGAUGCAAAUUUCCAUAGGAAUUAAUUUGCAUAAAAUCCUCUGAUCAGAACUGCACGCACCAUCAUCAUCAUCAUCCUCAUCAUCCAGCGGAGGACAUAAACAGUUCCCCCGGCUGAAGGAUGGAGCAGCUCAGUCAGUGGCUCUGGAAGCAGGAAUACUGGCUUCCUCCGGGAAUCCGCUGGGAGGAUCUGGAGAAGAUGGAGGGCUCUCUGCGUCCUCUCCCGCGGGAUCUGCUCCUGGCUCUGCCUCUAGCUCUGGGAUUCAUCAUGCUUCGUUACGCUUUUGAGAGACGUCUGGCGUUCCCUCUCAGCAGAGUUUUAGGAGUGAAAGAUCGAGUUUGUUUGAAAGUCACUCCUGUCCCAAAUUUGGAGGCAUUUUACACUAAAAACAGCAGACAGCCGACGCAGAGUGAGAUCUCCAGCCUGGUAAACCAGUGCAACCUGACUCACAGACAAGUUGAGACCUGGUUUCGUUACCGCAGAAACCAGGACAGACCCAGCAACAGUAAGAAGUUUUGCGAGGCCAGCUGGAGGUUUGUGUUCUACCUGCUUGCUUUCAGCGCGGGAUUCGCGUCUUUAAUUAACACGCCCUGGUUCUGGGAUCAGAGAGAGUGCUGGAGAGGGUUUCCUCAACAGCCGGUUCAGGACGCUCAUUACUGGUACUACAUGCUUGAGCUGGGCUUCUACUGGUCUCUGCUGCUCUGUGUGUCUGUGGACGUCAAGAGAAAAGAUUUCAAAGAACAGAUCGUCCACCACUUCGCCACUAUCUUCUUGCUGAGUUUCUCGUACUGCUCCAACUACAUUCGGAUCGGGACCCUGGUGAUGCUCGUCCACGACUCCUCUGACUUCCUGCUGGAGUCUGCCAAGAUGUUGAACUAUGCCGGCUGGAAGAAAACUUGCGAUUCAUUGUUUGUGAUUUUUGCUGCUGUAUUCCUGGUUACACGCCUGCUCGUGUUUCCCAGCAAGAUCAUCUACACCACUCUUGUUUUGUCUAUGGAAGUGUUUGAGCCGUUUAUAGGAUAUUAUUUCUUUAAUGCGCUGCUGCUGGUGCUGCAGGUGCUGCACAUUUACUGGGCUUAUCUCAUCCUGAGAAUGAUCUACAAGUUUCUCUUCUUAGGGAAAUUGGACAAGGACGAACGCAGCGACGUUGAAAGUGAAGCAGAGGAGGAAGAGGAUGAGGAAGAGGAGGAGGAAGAUCGGUCUUCCUGGAGGAAGAGGAAGGUGGUUCUGGACUCCAGGCUGGCGAUGCUCAGCUCCAGCUGUGUUUUAAAUAACCUGACGAAUCAGAAAGCCGACAUGAACAGAAGACUGCCGAAAGCCAGAUAGCAGCACCGUGUUUCUCUUUCAUCCUCACUGAGAUCAUCAGAGCAUCGCUGCAGAAAGACACACAAUCCAUAUCAGUAAUGUUCAGUCUGUAAUUAAUAGGCUAUAAAUGACUUUUAACUGAAAAGACACUGUAUUUAUUGUGCACUUGUAUGAUGAAAAUACUCUGAGGUCUGUU